UGCUUCACAUGUAGUCGUCUCUCUUGUGAAAAACUAUCCAAACUAUCUGAUUAUAAAUCUAGAUAAGCUCAACUACUGUGCAAGCUUGAAGAAUCUUGAAACUAUCUCCGAGAAGGAAAACUACAAGUUUGUCCAGGGAGAUAUUUGUGAACCUGAUUUUAUAAAACAGCUCUUCGAAACUGAGAAAAUAGAUAUAGUCCUUCAUUUUGCAGCUCAAACACAUGUAGAUCUUUCAUUUUGGCAUGCCCUGGAGUUCACCUAUGUGAAUGUUUAUGGCACUAAUGUGCUGGUUGCUGCUGCUUAUGAAGCCAAUGUGGAGAAGUUUGUCUAUGUUAGUACAGAUGAAGUAUAUGGAGGUAGCACUGAUGAGGAAUUUGAUGAAUCCUCACCAAAACGCCCAACAAAUCCCUAUGCCUCCUCUAAAGCAGCUGCAGAGUGUUUUGUUCAGUCUUACUGGGAAAGGUACCAAUUCCCAGUUGUUAUCACACGGAGCAGUAAUGUUUACGGACCACACCAGUAUCCAGAAAAAGUUAUUCCAAAGUUUAUAUCUUUGUUGCAACAGAACAGAAAAUGCUGUAUUCAUGGUUCUGGACUUCAAAGAAGAAAUUUCCUUUAUGCAACGGAUGUGGUAGAAGCAUUCCUUACUGUCCUGAAGGAGGGGAAGCCAGGUGAAAUUUAUAACAUUGGAACUAACUUUGAGAUGUCCAUUGCCCAGCUUGCUAAGGAGUUAAUCCAUUUAAUAAAGAAGACCAGUUCGGAAUCUGAAAUGGAGCACUGGAUGGAUUAUGUCAAAGACAGACCUACCAAUGACCUGAGAUACCCAAUGAAUUCAGAAAAAAUGCAUAACCUAGGAUGGAGACCUAAAGUGCCUUGGAAAGAAGGAAUAAAGAAAACAAUUGAAUGGUACAAAGAAAACUUUCACAACUGGAAAAAUUCAGAGAAAGCUUUGGAACCCUUUCCUGUGACAGAGCCAUUUGCACAGCUCAGUGGUCCAUAG